GAUUCGCAUAAUGACGUCUAUCAUGUCCAGGUUACUCUUUUGAUAGUGGAGUGUGAUAUUGUUGCUGUAUCGUUAUCCAUAUUCUGCGGAAAACAUUGCUGAACCAGAGAUAUAAUGAUGGUUUAACACAAAAAUUUUGGUCGAUUUCGGGGUAUAGACAAACGCAUUCAGGAUUGGACAAACGUAGGCUCAUUGCACAUUGACAAUGAAUGUAACUUCAAGAAUGGCAACUACUGUCGGGUUAAACGAGUCUUACACAACAGACACUGUAGUCAACCAUUCAUGCACCUUCGUUUUCCUUGAAGAUGAAUGCGAACUGACCAUUCUCCUUUCCCUCAUCAUGUUCUUCGUCACGUUGUUCAACAUUAUCUUCGGGGUCAUCGCCAAUGUUCUCGUAAUCGGUAUCAUUCUUGCGACUAAAGAAAUGUGGACGAUUCCCAGCAUGUACCUUGCGAAUCUUGCAGUCAGUGAUGUGUUGGUGCUACUGUUUGUAGCAGGGUUUAAUUGCUACGAGUAUUAUGUCGGGGCUUUCCAACCGGAGGAAUUUUACAACCCACAGAAAUUUGUAUAUUACAUGGAGAUGGUGACGUCCAUGGCAACCGUAGCGAUGAUGAUCGCCCUCAGCGUUGACCGAUUCUUUGCUAUCGUCUAUCCUUUGCGAUCCCAGAAGUAUCGUUCAAAGAGAACGGCAAGAAGAGUUUGCGUGGCUGUUUGGAUUUUUUCGUUUUGUUUUGGAGGAAUAUACUUCGGAUCUCAAUUUGAAGGCAACGUACUUGAAGUGUGGAAGGAGCCUAAUUCUGAAUAUCUAAUCGCUUUUGGAGCUGUCUUAAUCUACGCCAUCCCCAUAAUCAUCAUCUUCGGUUGCUACACAGGAAUAAUAUAUACUAUUUGGAAGGAGAGGAUUUCUCAAGAACACACAUCUGACUCGACACGCAGGAGACGCGUGAGACAAAAGCACGCCGUGCUACGCGCAUCCGUGCUUGUGGUUGCCCUGUUCGCGCUCAUACAAGGAUUCGUCAUCGCUUUUUUCAUGUGGAUCUCUUUCGGAGGAUCUCUUGUGAAGCCGUCCGUCAUCAUCAUCGAGUUCCACGUCGCGCAAGGCCUGUAUCAUCUAAACAGUCUCAUCAAUCCGUUCCUGUAUGCUCUCUCGCACGAGAAGUUUUAUCAGUCUAUCUGGUGUGUUCUUUCCUGUUCACCUUCCCGCAGCAGGUGGAAGAAAUCCAAGGAAGUUGACCAAACUCAAACCAGGAAAACAAACGGCGUAGGACGACCAUCUACACUUUCCGACGUCAUUAUUAGAGAAGACUACAAUUCGAAAGGGGCCGAUGACGUUACAGGGAAAGAAAUUUCCACAAGAUUGUAACUCACAUUAUCCUGGGAUUAGCAGAGGGCUUGGAUGGGGGUAAGGUAUACCAGGUAAAAAUGACCGCGGUAAACAUGGCAGAUGCAAACAUGGAAGAGAACACGUCAGAAGAGGUGAAAAUCGGCAGAGAAUAAAAUUGUUUAUUUUAUGAGACUAGCAUGAUGGUAGUACGAAUACAUGUGUAUUUAUUAAAACUUUCAAAUUAAUAAAUUAAAACCCCGAUCAAUUGGAGAUAAUGAAAAGACAGCGUCUAAUUAAAGUUUUCAUUCGAUAGCCAUCAAGUUCUAUAGUUUUUUUUCAUAGAUCAUCAAUCUAAGAGCAUUCUCGUAAUAUCGAAAGCAAAAGGAAAUACGUCUAUAGUAGCUCAAUGGGAGAACAAACACAGGUUAAUUGCUUCAAGAUUAAAGAGAUAAAUCAAAGAGAAUAUAACGAAUAGAAACUAACGGCGGCGCCGUGGUACUUUGAUGGGGGGAUGGGAGAGGCGCAAGAAGAUCUAACGAAUUCGCAGUAUAUCUUAAGGAAAUAGUUAGAUUUAUAAUUAUUUGUCAUAGACCUGUAAUUUGAAAACUCUUCUUCUCAAGUUCAUAUUUUCCUUUAGAAUCACUUGAGGCAUAUGGGGAGUUCGAAAUUACCCCUUGUAUUGUCAUCCAGAAAUAAACUAAUAUUUAAUUGCCGGUUACUAUCAAAGCAAUAAAUUUGUUUUGUGUCAACAUGCUUGAUAUAAAGUAAAAAGCAAUAUAUGAAGAGUUUCAUACUGGAAUGGGAUUGGUAAAUAAAAAAAUAUCAUAACAAAGAUGGAUUAAUGUAAAAAAAAAAAUGGAUUUGGACUAUUACAUUCCUCUUUCUAUAUUAAUUUUUAACAUUCAUUGGUUAAGGACACGUUGCACGUAUUUUCAUCUGGAAAAAUCUCAAGUACUAUUGAAAGUGCAAUUUUACUUUCGAUCAAUGGAUAUGAAAAGGACACGCAUAUAUUUAUGCCAACUUAUCGUGAUAGUGCACUUGCCCGUUCUAACACGUUGGGCUUCAGUCACAUUGCAAUAUUAAAAUGGCUCCCCACUCUCCCUACAAUAUCUCUGUUUUCGGCAUGAAAUGAAGAAUAAACACGUAAACGGUGAUGUCAUCCAACAAUUUAAAACUGUACUCUUUCGUUUGAUAAACCACCAAUUGCGUAACUAUAUAUUUUGAUAACAUCACAUUAUGUUUAAAAUGAAAAAAAAAGAGAUAAUUUUCGAUAUCAUCAAAUCAUUUCCGCCUGUUUUUGAAAUCAGAAAAUAACAUCCUCCUGAAACCUUGAGAAAAAUGUAGACAAGAAGCUUGAACUUUAUGACAAUCCAUAAUAUAAAACUUACAACGGCGGCUGAGAUUGAGAUGUAAGAGAUUUGCAGUGUGACAUGGGUUUGGAAAAACCAUAGCGUGUAGUGUUAUAUAUGUAUACCACAUCCUUUCUGCGUUCUUCAAAUUUCUCUUUCGAUCCUUCUCAAAUACAAAUCCAUAUCUUUUUGAAAGGUCGUAUAGGCCGAUUUCUUAGUUUUAGCUUUGAUAUCAUUCAAAGGAGGUGAUGUUCUUAUUUACUGGAUUUGGGUUUGAAGAUAACAGCACAUCAGAUAUACAACCUCUUGUAAGUUUAAUAUUCUAAUAAAAUGUAGCGUUUGAAAAGCCUAUAUGUUGCCUUACGUUGAGUAGUGAUAUUACGCCUGAUGUAGGUCAAUCAUUAUCGCAUAAUACCUAAACUUAUUUAUUCUAUUAGCGACGAUUAGCGUAAAACGUGUUAUAUAUCGCAAGGGAUGAUAACGUCUGAAUUAACCACCAAUGGUUAUGGAUAUCAGUCAUGAUAAAGUUUGAAUCUUCCUGAACUAUGAAGUGAUAUGCAAACAUUUCAAGUAUAAUAUUUCCUGAAAAUAAACGUACAACUACUAGUAGUCAUAACCC